UUGGAGUUCUUAAAAGCAAAGUAGUUCCAUGUAUUUGACUUCCUAACUCACUAGGGCUGAAGGUGUAUAAAGGUAACAGUUUUUUUAGUUUCUAAGAUCUUGCAGAAAGAUAGUCCCUCCUCUCCUGGAAAAGCCAGACUAACCAGUUAGAUACCUUUCUGGCUUUAACACACAGGACUUUAUCUUCUCAUCCCACUGCCUUUUUAAAGUAGAAAGACCUCAGGCACUUACGAACUGAAGAUCAUACUAAGCAAAUGGCUAAUCCCAAAGUUGUUUGCAAUGGACAUUGCCAUCAGAAACAGAAUAACCUCUUAAAAAGUGGAAUCUACAAGAAAAAUGGAAUUGCUAAACAAAUUAAGAAAAAUGGCAUAUCAAAUGGAAGUCUCUACAAACAGCCAUUUACUGAACACUUUGAACAAGCACCAAUGUAUGUUGCUGUUUUUACUUAUGUGGGUUUCACCGUGGGAACGAUAUUUGGCUACCUGAAGGAUUUUCUGAGAGCGUGUGGACUACAAAAAUGUCCCCUUGGUACAGAAAGGGAAGAACAAAAAGAUUUUGUGCCACUUUAUCAAGACUUUGAGAACUUCUACACAAGAAAUCUCUACAUAAGAAUACGAGAUAACUGGAACCGUCCCAUCUGCAGUGUCCCAGGCCCACAGUUUGACCUGAUGGAACGUGUUACAGAUGACAACAACUGGACAUUUAGGUUUACUGGAAGAACUAUCAAGAAUGUAAUCAAUAUGGGCUCUUAUAACUACCUCGGCUUUGCAGAAACAGAUGCCGAUGCUUUGAAAACAGUGGCAGAUGAUUUACAGAGAUAUGGGACAGGAGUAUGCAGUACCAGACAAGAAAUGGGGAACCUUGACAAACACAUAGAAUUAGAAAACCUGGUGGCCCAGUUUCUUGGUGUGGAAGAUGCCCUGGUGUUUGGCAUGGGCUUUGCUACUAACUCUAUGAACAUCCCAGCUCUGGUUGGGAGGGGAUGCCUCAUUUUAAGUGAUGAGUUGAACCACACAUCUCUUGUUCUUGGUGCAAGACUUUCAGGUGCCACCAUCAGAAUCUUCAAACACAAUAAUAUGCAGAGCCUCGAGAAGCUCCUGAGGGAUGCAGUAGUAUAUGGGCAGCCUCAAAGCCACAGAGCCUGGAGAAAAAUCCUUAUCCUUGUAGAGGGCAUUUACAGCAUGGAAGGUUCCAUUGUGCGCUUGCCAGAAGUAGUUGCCUUGAAGAAAAAGUACAAAGCCUACCUCUACUUGGAUGAAGCUCACAGCAUCGGUGCUGUGGGACAGACGGGCCGAGGAGUUGUGGAAUAUUUUGGAAUGGAUCCUGAUGAUGUUGAUGUAUUGAUGGGUACAUUCACCAAAAGCUUUGGAGCAGCUGGUGGAUACAUAGCUGGCAGGAAGGAACUUAUGGACUUUUUACGAACUCAUUCCCACAGUUCUGUUUACGCCACAUCUAUGUGUCCCCCCAUUGCAGAGCAAAUCGUUAGGGCCAUGAAGUGUGUCAUGGGACUAGAUGGAACAACAAAAGGGCUACAGAGAGUGCAGCAGCUAAGAGAAAACACAAGAUACUUCAGGCAGAGACUACAUGAAAUGGGUUUCAUCAUUUAUGGCAAUGAUGAUUCCCCUGUUGUUCCUUUGCUCCUUUAUAUUCCUGGUAAAAUAGCGGCUUUUGCAAGGCGCAUGCUAGAAAGAAAUAUUGGGGUGGUUGUCGUUGGCUUUCCGGCUACUCCUAUCACAGAAUCCAGGGCUCGGUUUUGUGUGUCAGCUGCACAUACACGGGAGAUGUUAGACACGGUCCUGAAUGCCCUUGAUGAAUUGGGCGAUUUUCUACAAUUGAAAUAUUCCCGGAAUUCCAAGUCAUCUCGUCCUGAACUAUACGACGAAACAAGCUUUGAACUUGAAGAUUAAGCCUCUCAGUCCAUGAAGAAAAUAUUAGGAUGUUACAAACAGGGGAAAAGAAAGAACCUGAGAUAUUAACUUCUUCCCUUCCAAGGACAGUUUUUGUUUCUCGGUGAUUUGAAACAAGGGGAAGCGAUGCUGUUGCAUUUUGCUGUAUCAAAUUUCUGUGUUCAAAAGGCUGGGAUAUUGCUACAGGUUUAUCCCCUGGACUAAAUACUUAUUAAGGUAUUUGUGUUGCAAAGAGACUGAAUCUAUUGGUCAAGUUGCUAUUAGGCAGCUUUUGUAUGAAGUUGGCUUUGGGUAGUUCUUAAUUAAGGUUGACAUAAUACACUUUUUUAAACGACUGGAUUUCAACAUAGUUUGUUAGUUUACGUGAAUUUCAUCAGUCAAAUCUUGAGAGGUAUGCGCCUGAAGCAGAAUUACAGACAGCUACAAAGGAAUACAACAGAUAGGGGUCUUUCUAAUAGGGGUUCUCAAUAGGUGACAAGCACUUGAAAACAGCUAAACUACAACAGAAGAAAAUGUCCCUUUUUACACAUAUCAAUUUUUUCUGGCAGAAACCUGUGGAGGGGAAAUAUGCUGAUUUUUUCUCCCUUCCUCUUCUUGCCCCUUGAUGCUUUUGUUCAUGUGGAAAGAAAAAUUGGCUCUAUGGUACAUGAGUUGAAUCUUUUCAUUGAAAGUGAAAACUUUUCUGCUAAAGCAUUCACCCUGCAACCUCCCAUGUCUUAUGGCAACUCAAGUCACUCAGCAGACAUGUUCCCUUUUUAUGGACGAGUGGUAAAUAAUUGUAAUAACUAUUUAACUUUCAUGUUAAAAACAUUGAUCAAACCACACAGAUACUUGAAGUUCACAAACUGCGGAUGACAUUUAUAAGCCCAUUCCCCAGUUUCUUGAACUAGUUAUGAGCUUCAUAAAUGCUCUAAAAAGUACAUAAUGCUGAAGCUGUUAGCCAUACAGAAUAUGAAGCUCAGGGUGCACCCUAAGCAGCUUUGCCACCUGUUAAUUUGAAAAGCUUCUGAUUUCUAAACAUACUAAAUCCCCUCAGUUAAGUGUCUUUUAUGAAAAUGUUGUGUUCUCUCUUUAUGCUACCGUGGUAUGUUUAGAAAGGCUUUUUAUUUAAUUUAAUUGUAAAAAUGUAGUUUAUGUAACAAAUGACUGAUUAAAAGAGUAGACAAUAUGGUCCAUAGUCCGAGGGAGGAGACAUGAUCAUGGUCCCAUUUCUGUUGCCACCAAUGAAUGUGCCAAGAUUCUUAGGAAACUAAAAUCCUCCGCAGCUUUACUUGUUACACACUUGGGAACUUGUUCAGCGUUCUGGGGAGUUUUUUUGCAGACUGUACUUCUGUAUGAAACCAAUUAAAAAUUGUUCUGCAGCUUUAAGAAUGAACUCCAAGCCAUUCCACAAUAUCAAAUGUCAUUGUAAACACAUCAGAUCAAGAGAUGUUUAGCUUUCUGCUGCACAGAUGUACCACACUUUCAUGUUCAUGAAAGCUGUGGUGUAAACUUAACCCACAGCUGCAAUAUUAGAUUUAAGAACAGAACAAUUAAAUUGUGGAAUACCAAUUACUAUAUAUUACUCCCUGCUUGUUAAAGCAGCUUUGAGGAUAAAACAAGUCUGAUCAGUUAUGAGGACCCGGGCUUUGUUGGGGCGGGGGGUUGUUGUUGUGCAAGUUAAUAAAAUCCAAUAGUCCUGUAACUUUAAGAAUUGAUUGCGACACAUUCCUUAAUGUCAGAUGUUAGCUUUAGAAAGUGUAUAUUGAGGGCUGAGAGGGAGAUCUGAAUGGUGUUAUAUGAUUAUUCACUCUAGUAGAUGAACUUGACAAAUACUGAGGAGGGUUGAGAGAGUCAUGGUUGUGUAUCAAAGUAAACACACUGUAUAAAUAUUAAAAAGACAAACUUUUUUUUUUU